UCAUAUGCAUACUUGUUUUCCAUUAUUCUUCAUUGCUUUCCAACAGCCAGUACUGCAACCCUUCAUCCUGCGGGACCAUCCACAAUAUUAGCUUCCCUUUUCGACUAAAUACUGAUCCACAGCAUUGUGGCCAUCCCGAUUACCAAUUAACUUGUGAACAAACCCGAGCAGUGUUAGCUUUACAUUCCGGGAAAUACUAUGUUCAAUCCAUCAAUUACGACAACUACACUGUCCGUGUGGUUGAUCCUGGUCUACAACAAAACAACAUCUGCUCCUUUCCACGAUAUGCGUUAGCUCAGUACAGUUUUCCAAGAUACGAUGACAGUUAUCCAUAUGACAUCACCACACCUGAGAAGGAGACACCAUCUGGCAGGCUAGACACAACUUUAAUUACUGUACCAAUUAUUUUCUUGAGGUGUCCGUUCCCAAUGAAGUCUUCCGCUUUUGUAGAAACCACUAAAGAGUGUUGGAAUAAAAGCAGUGACUCUUCUGGGGGCUAUGCUUAUGCUUAUGCUAAGCUAGGCUCCCUCAAUGCAUCGGAUUUAAGAAUUUCAUGCCGGGUUGAGCUCAUAACUAUGACAUCCUGGCGAAUUCAAGAGAAGAAUGUAAGUAGUAGUCUAUUGGAAAUCCAUAAUGCUUUGAUGUAUGGAUUUGAGCUAUCCUGGUUCCCGGCUAUUUGUCAACAGCAUUGCGGGAGUAGAUGGUGUCACUUUGACAUGAAAAAUGAGAUUAGCUGCUUCAGAUACAAAGUAGGUAUGUCAGGGACGAAAAUAUGGCCUUUUCUUCUGGGUAUACUAAAGAACAUACAGUUUUAUCUUGUGGGUGUCCGCCAACUUGCGGUUAUGAUCUCUGCAGCAAAGAUUAUAAUUGGAGUUCCAUGCGCAGUUGUGUUUCUAAUUAUCAAAUUCCGCAGAAGGCAUCUUUCAGUGUUCGAAGCAAUCGAAAAUUUCCUCAGCGCUGACAACAAUCUGUUGCCCAUCAGAUACUCCUACAAACACAUCAAGAAUAUGACCAAAGCCUUCAAGGAGAAGUUGGGAGAAGGGGGCUUCGGUUCUGUUUACAAAGGCAAACUUCGAAGUGGGAGCGAUGUUGCAGUGAAGAUAAUAAGCAAGCCUAAGUCUAAUGGCCAAGAUUUCAUCAAUGAAGUUGCUUCCAUGGGAAGGAUUCAUCAUGUCAACAUUGCUCGACUUGUUGGAUAUUGUGCAGAGAAUUCUAAGCGUGCUCUUGUUUACGAUUUUAUGUCUAAUGGAUCCCUUGACAAAUACAUUAAUCAAGGAGCUGAUGCAAGUUUGUUGAAUUGGCAAAGGAAGUUUGAAAUUACAAUAAGAGUAGCUCGUGGGAUUGAUUACUUGCACCGAGGCUGUGACAUUCAAAUUCUACAUUUUGACAUCAAACCGCACAAUAUACUUCUAGAUGAGAACUUCAUUCCAAAAAUCUCUGAUUUUGGUCUCGCAAAACUAUUUCCUACCGAUAAAAGCAUUGUAACGCUUACAGCAGCCCGUGGAACAAUUGGGUAUGUGGCACCAGAGUUGAUCAACAGAAGCAUUGGAGCCAUUUCACACAAAGCCGAUGUUUAUAGCUUUGGAAUGCUACUGAUGGAAAUGUUAGGCCUAAAGAAAAUUCCAGUUACUGGGCAAGAUGAGUCGAGUCAAUACUUCCCGUCAUGGAUUUACAAUGAUAUCAACAAAGGCAAGGCAAUUGAGAUGGGAGAAUUAGAUGAGGACGAGAAGAGAAUUACAAAGAAGAUGACCAUAGUUGGGCUUUGGUGCAUCCAAACCAGUCCAAUUCCGAGGCCUUCAAUGAGUAGGGUGGUUGAAAUGCUUGAAGGAGAUGUUGAGCUGCUGCAAAUGCCAACUGAUAUUUUCCUUUCAGAGCCAAUUAUGGAAGUGGAUCAAGAACAGAGUUCCAUGCCAGAAUCAUCUGAAUCCAUAGCAUUUUUGGCCAAUUCUGCUAGUUCCAACAGCAUAGGUAUAAUUGUGGAUUAAAGGUGGUACGUAAUCACUUUAGCGCGGUGUGGAUUAGAUGGUCCCAUUAUUAUCACAUUGCUG